AGCGGAGGAGGAGACGGCGGUUCGUGCGGUUUGAGCUCAGGAUCUCAGGAGGGGAACAUGUGAGCAGGGAAUGGGUGACUGGAAACAGGAUUAUUGCUCUACACAGCAGAGAGACGCAGGAGGGACCCGGGACAGGAGAGACACUGGGACACUGUGACAAAUCCGAGGAUUUCCUUCCCUCCUUCUGAUAUUUUACGCGUCAGAGAAAAACGGUGGAUUGUCUGACCUAAGAUGAACACCAUUGUCUUUAACAAGUUGAGCAGCCAGGUUCUGUUUGAGGAGAAAGCAAAGGAGGUGGAAAUGAGCAGCAGAAAUUAUCUAGAAGUGAUCGACGGACAGCAUCCAGACCUCCUCUCCAGCAACCAGACCAUCAGAGACAACCAGGCGAUCAGACACCGGCGGAGCGGGGGUCGUCCCAGUGGUGGUAAAGUCCGACACAAACGUCAGGCCCUGCAGGACAUGGCGCGGCCGCUCAAGCAGUGGCUCUACAAGCACAGGGACAAUCCCUACCCCACGAAGACAGAGAAAAUCCUCCUGGCACUCGGCUCCCAAAUGACACUGGUUCAGGUGUCCAACUGGUUUGCCAAUGCCAGGAGGCGACUGAAGAACACAGUGAGGCAGCCAGACCUGAGCUGGGCGCUCAGAAUCAAGCUGUACAACAAAUAUGUUCAGGGGAAUGCAGAGAGGCUGAGCGUGAGCAGUGAUGACAGCUGCUCAGAAGAUGGGGACAACCCUCAGAGGACACAGAGCAGCCCCGAGGAGCUCAACAAGCCCAUGUACCAGAGUGUGAUCAAGAAGGAGGGCUCCUCCAUGGUGGGGAUGGCCAUGGGCAUGGGCAUGGGCAUGAGCAUGAGCAUGGGCAUGGGCGCGGGGCUGCGUUCGGCCGCCGAAGCUGCCUCACUGGCGGAGGACUACGUGUCUCCACCCAAGUACAAGAGCAGCCUGCUGCACCGUUACCUGAACGACUCGCUCCGCCACGUCAUGGUGGCCAACGCCGUCAUGGACGCUCGCAAGAGGAACCACUCCGGCUCCUUCAGCUCCAACGAGUAUGACGAUGAGCUGCUCUCGCCGUCCUCCUCUGAAGCUGAGGCGAACUUUGUUUAUCGGGCUGAAACCACAGAGCAUGGAUCAAGUAAAUGUGACAGCAGCAGCGGUGGCCCCGGAGCCACGCAGAAAGAAAAGGCAAAAGGCAAAGACGAGACAUACUGGAAGGAGAUCAACGCCGCCAUGGCCUUGACCAACCUGGCACAGGGGAAGGACAGUGCCUCCGGGACCACCAGCUGCAUUAUCCAGAAGUCCUCUCAUAUAGCAGAGAUCAAGACUGUCAAAGUGCCGCUGGUGCAGAAAUAUUAGCCUGGACGUUGUCCUCCCGUCCCCUCUAUGCAAACCAGCAAACAUUCCUGUUUCAGCAAACUCGCCAGAGUCCAAAUAAACUCCCCUCUCCUCACCCCAAAAUGAAAAGAACUGUUGUUUAGGGAGGAUGGUGGUGGGGUGGGGGUGUUUGAAGUCAGGAAGUGUGAGGCAAAAAAAGAACUUUCAUUCUUUUUGGUUGUUAUUGGUGUCUGAAAAAAAAGGUUCAUAAGAGGCCUUGACUAUCCUUCUCUUUUGCGAAUACUAGUUUUAGCAGCAGUAUUUCUUAAAAAAAAGAAAGAAAGAAAGAAAAAAAACUUUUGUAAUGUUAACUUAUUUUUUUUCAUGUUUUAUUUUUUAUUUCUUCUUUUUUUUAACACUACAAAUUGAGUCUUUUUGCCAAAGUGCCUUUGUUGUUUAGACGAAUAACUCACUGACUGUGGUCGAUGGGGAGCACAGAUACUGACGUGCCUCUGGAACACUUUUUUAGGGUCCCAGUCAUGAUUCAUGAUUCAUGAUUCAAUUUGUGAAUGAAAAUUCCCAGCAACAGCAUGUGCCUUAAGGGCUGAGUGAACUCAGCAAUCCGAGGCGCCGACAAACUCGAGUGGCACACACUUGCACGGGUGCGCACCGGGCUUGUGAAAAUGCCCGGUGUGAAUCCUCUGAAGGCAUUGUUCUUGUUUUGACUGGAGUCUUCAUUUUGACUGUAAACUGAACUCUGUCCCAGUCCCACCCACGUCGAUGGCGGGCCAACAGCAACUGCUGGCUACGCAGAUAAGCAGCCAGCUCUCUCCUCCUUGUCCACAUCUUGGCCUUGGAUUUCAUUAACCAGCGAAGGAUUCUUUUCUUAUCGUGGCUUUUUACUUGAUCAGAUGUGCACAUGAUGCUCAGCUGGACCCAAAUGAAGACAUGGUGACAAAGAUAUAUGCAUUUGAGGCGUGCUUUAAGGCUCAGUGGAGGAAUGCCAUGACCUAAAAGGGAUGUUUUUGCUUUGUGUUAUCAGUGUUUUAUGCGGACACUGUUGCCUUUUCACGUCUGCGCUCAGAACAAGAUGGUCUGGUAUGAGAAAAAAAAAAACCAUCGCCACGAGCACCCCCAGCCUUUUGAUCCUCAGCCCUCUCAGCUGUUUAGCAUUACAUUCUAAUUGCUGUUUACAAGGAGCCAGAGGAUAGGCUUAAAAGUUUGACUUUCUUCCCCUUCACUCCGUUUUUUUUUACCCCUGACUUCAAAAAUACAUUUCAGUAUUAUCUUUUCGUCAGCCAAGCAAGUAUUUGUUGUUGUCCGUCUGUGUGUGUGUGUCCAACUGUUUUGUUCUUGAUCAAAAUUCGGUUUCUCUUAAGCAUCAAGCGCUUCUUCUGUCAUCCAAUGGAAAGCAUCUAGAAUGUACUAAUGUACAGUGCAUAUGUUAGAAAUGUUUGUGGGGACCAAUGCCAACUUCACAAACAGGGGGAAUGAAAUUGAAGUCAAGGGGAGAAGUUGAAGUUGGCUCUCUGUGCUGACUUUUUAAUUUUAUGUAUAUCUUCAAGGUACUGUUUAUAUGUGUCAAAAUGUACACUCCUUCAGAAAUUGUGCAGUUUUCCUUCUUUUUUUUGACAAACCCAGACUGUGCAUCUGGUCAAGGACUUUGAGAGGGAGUGAAGCUGCGCAAAGUAACUUUUUGACCUUUUUAUGUGUCUUGAAUGUGCAAACUGUUUAAAAAAAGCUGCACUUACAGUUUUCAGUGGAGGUGUUUUUACAUAAAAAUGAGUGGAAGUAAAGAGCAAUGAAGGACAAAUCUAUUUUAUUCCUGUUAGUGUGCCUAUGGAAGUAUUAUGGAAUGAAUCGCACUAGCCACUCCCCAGGCACUAUUUGCUUUUGCAGGUGAGGGGGCUCCCACAUGUGUUUUUUAUACACCUGAUCCAGGCAGGGUGACUGCGGGGUACCGUCGGACCCGCUCCUUGUGUUUCUAAUCGCACUUCUGAACCUCUGGGCCGCUCGUGACCCUCACACCUCACACAAUACCCGCUUUCUGGGAAGAGGCAGAGCAAAGGACGGAGGCUUCAGAGACAACUAAGAUGCCUUUGUUGUUCCUACCUGCCACCCCCACGCCCCCCAAAAAAGAAAACCCUACAAGUACAAACAAAGCCAAGAGUUUUGGUACUGUAUACGUCUUUCUCCAGCACAAACCAUGCUUUCACAACCAUGCUGACGAAUGGAAAGCAAACGUAUAUUAAAGCUUAUAAAUUAUUAUUUCAGACUUUGUCGAAACAAAGAAAGUGGUGACCAUAGUUUGGUUCUUUUAUUGUUAAGUUAUAUAAAUUGAAAUGUUAUGUUUAUUUGUUUGUUUGUUUUGAUAGAGACUGGAUUUUCAAUCCAAUGACCAAACACAUAUCUCCUCGUCUUGUCCGAUUUGCUCUCAUGUAAAAUAUCUUUUAUAAAAACAGUUGUUACUUGAUGAAAGCAAUGAAUAAACCUCUGAAUGAAAUCGA